AUGAAGAGAGUUGUUUUGCAGUGUUCUCUUAUUUCUUCUAGGGGCGCCUUACAAUGUUCGAGACGUUAUAAUUUGUUGGAGCACAAAACAAAAGGGUCCAUGUUUAUGAAGCAUUUAGAUCUAUAUGCCCGACGAGACCCACAGUUAGCACCUUAUUUGCUUAGAGAAGUUGACAUUGAAUACAAAAGGAAGUGCCGCAAAGUAUCAUUUUGUUUGUGGGUGUGUAUUUUUACAAUUGUCACUACGUUUCAAAUGCGCAUGCAGGGAGAACAACUUCAUUACCUGCGUUUGUAUGCAGAUUGUGCAAAGACUGAGCAGGAUGCAAAAGACGAAGACGAGAUUCGGCGCAGAAAGGCCUUUGUUGCUGUGAUGAACGUUGUAAAGGAUGCUUUCGACCGAGAUCAGUCAUGGAAUAAGAGUGAUCAAGAGAAAGCACUGAAAGCAUUGUGA